GUAAUGCAUGAAUAAGACAGAAAACACCACAAAUACAGUAUGAAACACAUGUUGACAUCAUUAAAUAACCUGUCUGAGUGGUAACUAGUUGCAGUAGGUGUACUAGAAUAUUCUAUAAGGCAAAGAAUAGAGAGCUAAAUUGUGUGCAGCUACUGCGCAUGCGCAGAGUCUUUGCAGCUACUGCGCAUGUGCAGAGUAUUUCACGUGGAGAGAGAUCUGUGUGUCAGAGCAAGAACAAACCUGCUGCAGCUGCUUCACAUCGCCUCCCAGACUCCUCUCACAUCCAGAAAUGCAGGCCUUCAGAAAGUUCCUCCCGUUGUUCGACCGGGUGCUGGUGGAGCGCUUAAUCCCAGAGACGGUAUCGAAGGGGGGCAUCAUGCUGCCGGAGAAGGCUCAAGGCAAAGUGCUGCAGGCCACAGUGGUGGCAGUAGGACCUGGCGCUGUCAACCCGGAUUUCUACAACUGGCCGGAUGAAUCAUUUGAGGAGAUGGACAGCACCCUGGCUGUCCAACAGUAUAUUCAGCAGAACAUUAGAUCAGAUUGCUCCAAUAUCGACAAAAUCCUGGAGCCUCCGGAGGGUCAGGACGAGGGGGUUUGGAAGUACGAACACCUCAGGCAGUUCUGCCUGGAGCUCAAUGGACUAGCUGUAAAACUGCAGAGUGAGUGCCAUCCAGAUACCUGCACCCAGAUGACAGCCACAGAGCAGUGGAUCUUUUUAUGUGCUGCCCACAAGACACCCAAAGAGUGCCCUGCCAUUGAUUACACCAGGCACACGCUGGACGGAGCUGCCUGUCUUCUCAAUAGCAACAAAUACUUUCCCAGCAGGGUGAGCAUCAAGGAGUCAUCAGUGGCCAAACUGGGCUCCGUCUGUCGUCGCAUCUAUAGGAUAUUCUCUCAUGCCUACUUCCAUCACCGCCAGAUAUUUGACAAGUAUGAGAAUGAAACGUUCCUGUGUCACCGGUUCACACGCUUCGUAAUGAAGUACAACCUGAUGUCCAAGGAUAACCUGAUCGUGCCCAUUCUGGAGGAGGAAGUGCAGAACACCUCAUCGGCUGGGGAGAGCGAGGCCUAAAGAAACAAGCUGCUGCUGCCAUAAAGGGAGACACAUGUAAAACACACAAUCUCACACAUGAACAGAGGAGACACAUCCACACACACCUUCCAUAUACAGCACACACACACAUAUAUCUAUAUAUACAGUACACACUACAGUGUAUUAAGGCUCCUGUCUAGUAACACUGUCCAUGUCCCUCCACCCUUGUCACCUGUGUCUAUCUCAAAGGAAGUAAAGGGGUAGCGGGAGCAGAGUUCAGCCAUGCCUGCAGGACAAGAUGACGUUUUCUAUCCUAUGUACACUCUCUGUUUGUUCAGAUUCACACUGUGUCUCUGGAUGCAGCCCCUGCUCUCACACUACUCCUGUAGGGGAAACCCCCUUUUUCCUUUUAAUCUUCUUUAAGCAGCUGGAUUUGCAAAAUGUAAUCAUGGUGACCUGUAUUGUUGACAAAGGCACACACUGACAGCCUCCCUUCCUCUGUAUAUACCCCCACUCCCCUCCCCUCCCCUCCCCUCCCCUCCUCUCUCUUAAUUCACUAUCAUGUUUUCUGAUGGUGCUUCACUUUUGUGUCUGCUUCUGUUUCUCUCUAUUCGCUUGUGUUGCCUACCAGCCUGUUUUCGGGGGGGUUGUCCCAUGAAAUGGAUCACUAAAUUAGCCUGCUGACUUAAUAAUGCUAUUAAAACACAAAUGUAGGUGUGUGGCUUGUGUGGUAGUGAACAAAGACAAACGUAACCUCUAGCUUUGUAAGUGUACUAGCAGUCAGAUAUUCGUUCUCUCUGAAAUGAUGUUUCAGACUAUUUUAGGAAGGCUCGUUGGCUAACUCUGAUCCUGCUUUGUGGCAUGCCCCCGUUUUAAUACUGUGUACAAUGUGCCCGAUAUUCCCCUUUCCUUGACAUUAUUAUAGAAACCAUGACUUUAUGGGACUGUGCUGCUGUAAGCCAGUUUUAAACACAAGGAAAGGAUGAAAUAUCGGCUACAUUUACGUAUCGGAGCACAACCUCCCUUCUUUUACCCUCCCCCCUCAUUAAGUUAUUUUGUGGGAGGAGUCUUGUCAAUCCAAACCCACUUUUUUUUUUAAAUGAACUAAAAAAUUUUGUUACUGUCGACAUUUUCAUGAUGUCUGUUAAUAAAAAAGACCUAUUAUUCAA